ACGGCAAGGAUUAAUGGAUACUUGUGUAAGAGAAAGUGGAAAUGUCGAGUGAUAGUUCUCGCAGAGUUGUCUUAGAAAAGUUUGAUCGAAAGAUGACUAUUAGAUAUAAUUUACGUUUGUUAAAUCGAUGCGUUUAUGGUCUGCGUUCUUUGUAACAAAAACGUUGGUCGAUUGGAAAUCGUCGCAUGCGCUUGACCGAAGUAUUCGUCGGAACGGUGUUCAUUUGAUCCUUGAACGAGUUUGAAUAAACAAAUUUUUAGGAAUGGCAGAUAUUAAACCAGAACACAAAGGCGAGGAUACCGAUAAUUAUGGAAUGGGUAAUAGUGCCGAUCCAAAGAACAUGCAAGAAUUGACGCAAUACGUACAAACAUUGUUGCAAAACAUGCAGGACAAGUUUCAAACAAUGUCGGAUCAAAUUCUCGGAAGAAUAGAUGAAAUGGGAAACAGAAUAGAUGAUCUUGAAAAGAAUAUAGCAGAUUUAAUGACACAAGCUGGAGUGGAAGGAGGGGACAAAUAAUUGCGUUUAUUGUAAAAUCAACUUUGACAUUCGAAUAAGGAUAUCUGCAACAUCAAGAAAUAUCAUGGAAUAACAACAAUAUUUAUAGGAUAUUGAAAUGCAUUUUUUGAUUACCAAAAAAAGAAAAUAAACUAACAA